AUGCCAUACACCUUUCAGAUCGGGAACGCGCUCGUGACGGUGGACUGGCAAGAUCUCCUGAGCGUGCUCAUCAUCGCGGUCGUAGUCAAGGUCUUCUUGUCUCUGCGGCGCGCGGGGGCGCAGGCCUCCGCAUCUCCCAUUCUUCCCGCGACGUCCCAGGCGGAAACCACAGGCAUCGUUGAGAAGGAGCCGAAGGCACUGCGCUAUGGGUCUGGCAAGACUGAGGGAGGCGCAUGGGAUGCUACUGGCCCAGGAUAUCUCCCCGAUCCUGAUCCACUGCUGGACUUCGACCUGAGCACGGCGACGCUGCGCAACUAUGUGUACGUGAACAAGGUAUUGCGGUAUCCGUAUUUCCAGACGAUGGCGCACCAGCCGCUACAUAUCAAUGACUGGAUCGAGAUCGACAAGGAGUACCAGUGGUAUCUUGACGAGAAGGCGCGAGUGAUCAAGGAACAAGGCAGAGUCGUCGUGGACUCGCUCCCCGAAAACGAUGCAGCCUGCACAGAGCUGCUUGAGACCCUCGUCGACUACCUCCCGAAGCGGUACCCGACGCUGUUCGACGCCAUCCCCUCCAAGACGCCAGGCCCCGUCCCAAAUGGCAUUCAUAAUAAGGUGACCGGGGAGACGUUCAGCAAUGUCUCCGACCUGAAGGGCAUCGAUGCGCUGAUGGUCGUGACCAGGCUGGUGAAGGAUGACUUCCUCAUGGGACGCGAGCGCGAAGACGGGAAGGUCUACCUCGUCGGCGGCGUGAUCGUCUUCCCCGGGUCGUACUUACUAUCCGAGAAGAUCGGGCAGCCCCUUCACCAGCUGCACGCGCAGAUUCCGCACUUCAACAGGAUGCUGACAAGCGUGGAGCGCACGAUGGUGCGGUUCGCGCCUGACCGGCCGUUCGAGCGGUGCAGCUGGUGGAUCGCGGACGACCGCGAGCUGUUCUGGCACAACAUCAUCUCGAACGACGUGCGCGAGGACUUGCACCCGAAGGACCUCUUCCUCCGGUUCGACCACCAGACGUUUCGCAAGCUGCCGAAAACGAAGGGGAUCAUGUUCGGCGUCCACCCUGUGUUGAAGCGCAUGGAAGACUUGGCAGAUAACCCGCUCGUACCUGCGCUACUUGCGAAGAUCCACACCGACUCAGACGAGAUGUUAAUGAAGUACAAGAGCGUGGCGAAGUACCAGCAUAAGCUCAUCCCGUACCUGCAGGAGCUCACGGAGCAGCAGAUUGCGAAAGGUCUGAUCAAGCGUGAAGACAUCGACAACGUUGUCAACUUCCGCGAACAUCCCAAUGCUGGCGCGGCGUGGAAGGGAGCCGCAGGUCUCUCGCCCCAGGCGGCUUAG